AUGCAGCACUACGGGGUGAAUGGCUACUCGCUGCACGCCAUGAACUCACUCAGCGCCAUGUACAACCUGCACCAGCAGGCGGCCCAGCAGGCCCAGCACGCCCCCGACUACCGGCCAUCGGUGCAUGCGCUUACGCUGGCUGAGCGCCUGGCCGGCUGUACAUUUCAAGACAUCAUCUUGGAGGCCCGCUAUGGCUCACAGCAUCGCAAACAGCGCCGUAGCCGCACGGCGUUCACUGCCCAGCAGCUCGAGGCCCUGGAAAAGACCUUCCAGAAGACUCACUACCCAGAUGUGGUGAUGCGGGAGAGGCUGGCCAUGUGCACCAACCUGCCUGAGGCCCGGGUGCAGGUGUGGUUCAAGAACCGCAGGGCCAAGUUCCGGAAGAAGCAGCGCAGCCUGCAGAAAGAGCAGCUCCAGAAGCAGAAGGAGGCUGAGGGCUCCCAUGGGGAAAGCAAGGCUGAGGCCCCAACCCCAGACACCCAGCUGGAGACUGAUCAGCCCCCAAGCCUGCCCAGUGGCGACCCCCCUGCCGAGCUUCACCUGAGCCUGUCUGAGCAGUCGGCCAGUGAGUCAGCCCCUGAGGACCAGCCAGACCGGGAGGAGGAUCCCCGGGCAGGAAUCGAGGAUCCCAAAACUGAGAAGAGCCCUGGCGCUGAGAGCAAGGGGCUGGGCUGCAAGAGGGGCAGCCCCAAGGCAGAUUCCCCAGGCAGCCUGGCCCUGGCUCCUGCAGCACCCGGGGGUGGCCUCCUGGGCCCCUCCCACUCCUACUCAUCAUCCCCGCUGAGCCUCUUCCGCCUGCAGGAGCAAUUCCGCCAGCAUAUGGCAGCCACCAACAACCUAGUGCACUAUUCAUCCUUCGAAGUGGGGGGCCCGGCCCCUGCCGCCGCUGCCGCCGUCCCCUACCUGGGUGUCAACAUGGCCCCGCUGGGCUCGCUGCACUGCCAGUCCUACUACCAGUCCCUGUCGGCAGCUGCUGCUGCCCACCAGGGCGUGUGGGGGUCCCCGCUGCUGCCCGCGCCCCCGGCAGGCCUGGCACCUGCCUCUGCUGCCCUGAACAGUAAAACCACGAGCAUCGAGAACCUGCGGCUUCGGGCCAAGCAGCACGCAGCCUCUCUGGGACUCGAUACGCUGCCCAACUGA